AAGCAUUGCUGCCCAAGUUUUGACGGCCUUCGGCCUCGGUGCCCUAGUGGAGAUUCUGCGCCUCUUCAGAGCUGCGCCGCGCAGGUUUGCGCCGGCUGCCAGGGGCAUGACCAUCGGAAUCGAUCUCCUGCGGAAAGAUAAGGGCGGCGACCCGGAGGUAGUGAAGGAGUCAGAAAAGCGUCGUUUCCGCGAUCCAAAGCUCAUCGACAGGGUCUUGGAGCUUGACGGCCAGUGGGUGAAGCAAAAGUUUCAGUUGGAUGAGAAGCGGAAAGAGGUGAACAAAGUUCAGAGCCAGAUUACUGAGAAGAAGAAGGCGUCCAAAGGUGCCGACAAGUGCGAAGACCUCCUGCAGCAGAAGACGGGGCUGGAGGGAGAGGCCGCAGAGCUGGAGAAGACCUGCGAAGAGACUAUGGCGCAGCGGGACAAGUUGUUGGGAACCAUCGGAAACUUGGUUCACGACACCGUGCCUGUGUCUCAAGACGAGGAGAAGCACAACAAGGUGGUUGCAACCUGGGGUGUGCCGCGCAGCUUUGAGGGCAAGACCUACCAGGCCAAUGGCUUUAGACCCCACUUCGAGCUGCUGGAGAUGAUCGGCGCCGUGGAAUUUGAAGCGGGAAAUGAGGUAGCGGGCCACCGCGGCUAUUUCCUAUCGGGCCCUGGUGUGCUCCUGAAUCAGGCACUCAUCAACUACGGCAUUGCCUUUCUCUCGCAGCGCGGCUACACCCCCCUGCAGCCGCCGUUUUUCAUGAAGAAGGACCUGAUGGCCAAGACCGCCGAACUGGCAGAUUACGAUGAUGUCCUGUACAAGGUCAUCGAGGAUAAGGAGCAUCCUGAGCUGGAUAAGUACCUCAUCGCAACCUCGGAGCAGCCGAUCUCCGCCUUUCACCGAGGGCAAAACAUCGACAAGACGCGCUUCCCGCUCCGCUACGUGGGCCUCUCCUCGUGCUUCCGGCGCGAGGCUGGCAGCAGCGGUCGCGACAUUCGCGGCAUCUUCCGAGUGCAUCAGUUUGAGAAGAUUGAGCAAUUUGUGCUCUCAGACCCAGACAAAUCGUGGGACGAGCACGAGGCUAUGAUCACUGCGGCUCAGGAGUUCUACCAGAGCCUCGGUAUUCCAUACCGGACGGUGGCCAUUGUCUCGGGCGAGCUGAACAACGCCGCAGCCAAGAAGUACGACUUGGAGGGUUGGUUCCCUGGCGAUGCCGAGGGCAAGGGGAAGUAUAGAGAGCUGGUGUCGUGUUCCAAUUGUACAGAUUAUCAGGCACGUGCUAUGCAAACCAAGUUCGGCUACAGACCAGAGGAUCCGUUCUGCCACAUGCUGAACAGCACACUCUGUGCAACAGAGAGAGCGUUGUGCUGCCUUGUGGAGAACUACCAGGAGGAAGAUGGCGUGCGGGUACCUCGCGCUUUGGUGCCGUUCCUGCUUGGCCAGGAGUUCUUCCCUUUCGUGAAGACGCUGAAGGAGGAGCGGCCGGCAGCGAAGAGCAAGGCGAAAAGCAACAAAAAAUGAAGACAAAACGCGAGGACCGGAAGCGUCC